AUGAGUCAAUUCAGUCUGUACAACGAAAUAGCUUUAGGUCGACUUCAUAUGAUGAUUACUAACACCACUAAAAUUGAGCACAACGUGACGUUCCCUAAUCAACUGUAUCAACAGACGUCCAACGCAACAGCUGAGGAUAAACUGGCUUUCACAGUUCAGAUUCUGAAGGAGCUGUCAGCCCUGUUUGAGAAGAAUCGCAGCUCUGCACCAUGGGAGGAGAACACAGUGGAGAACUUUCUCAAUAUUGUGAACAAACAGACUGAAGAGCUUCACUCCUGUAUUGGAAGCCACAGCAAUACGACACAGAAGGGGCAACAGCUGUCUUUCAGGAGAGAAAAGUAUUUCAAGAGACUCUUAAUAAAAUCCUAA